CAGACCUACCAUUUGCAUUGAUUUCUGCGCAGAAACGGUGGUGGCGUUGCUCGCUCCUCCCCUUUGCUGGUGCAGUAAAAACUCAUGCCUGACUCAGGGUAUAAAACACCCAAGAGUACUGAGGCAGCCCUACUCAGACCACAGCAUGGCUCGCUGGGACAUCGUGUGUCUUGCCUUCGCCUUCUGCCUGGGUGCAGCAGGAGCUGCAAAGCUGGGCAUUGUGAACACGGAAGGCGGCUUUGUGGAAGGUGUCAAUAAGAAGCUGGGCCUUUUUGGGGACUAUGUGGACAUCUUCAAAGGAAUCCCCUUUGCAGCACCUACAAAAACCCUGGAAGACCCUCAGCCACACCCUGGCUGGCCAGGCACCCUGCAGGCCAACGAGUACAAGAAGCGCUGCCUGCAGUCCACACUUACCCAGACAGAUGUCCGUGGCAGUGAAGAUUGUCUCUAUCUGAACAUCUGGGUCCCCCAAGGGAAAAAGGAAGUCUCCACCAACCUGCCAGUGAUGGUCUGGAUUUAUGGGGGAGCCUUUCUCUGGGGGGGUGGACAAGGCCCCAACUUCCUGAAGAACUACCUCUACGACGGGGAGGAGAUCGCCACCCGCGGAAACGUCAUUGUGGUGACCUUGAACUACCGCCUCGGACCACUGGGCUUCCUCAGUACAGGAGAUGCCAGCCUUCCCGGCAACUAUGGCCUGAAAGACCAGCACAUGGCCAUUGCCUGGGUCAAGAGGAACAUCAAGAACUUUGGCGGUGACCCCGACAACAUCACCAUCUUCGGGGAGUCAGCUGGAGCCACAAGCGUCUCCUUGCAGACACUGUCACCGUACAACAAAGGACUGAUCAGACGGGCCAUCAGUCAGAGUGGAGUCGGGCUCUGCACUUGGGCCAUUCAGAAGAAUCCUCUCUUCUGGGCCACCAAGAUAGCACAGCAUGUGGGCUGCCCCACAGACAACACAACGGUCCUGGCAAACUGUUUGAAGGUCACCGACCCCAAAGCACUGACGCUUGCCUACCACCUGAACGUGCUUAACCUGCGCUACCCGCUUGUCCACUAUCUCGCCUUCUCGCCCGUGGUGGAUGGCGACUUCCUCCCGGAUCACCCCGAGAAGCUCUUUGCCAACGCCGCUGACAUCGACUACAUCGCUGGCGUGAACAACAUGGACGGGCACUUCUUCGCCGGCAUCGACAUGCCUGCCCUCAACCGCCCGCUAGUGAAGAUCACGGCGGAGGAAGUGCAGAAUGUGGCGACGGGGCUGGCCGUGGAGAAGGGAGAGGCCGGGGCAAAGGCCGUCUUCUCCCUGUACAGCCAGGUGUGGAGCAGCACCGUGGACCAAGAAGUCAUGAAGAGGACCGUCGUGGACAUGGAGACGGACUACAUCUUCCUGGCGCCCACCCAGCGGGCACUGCAGCUGCACAGCCAGCAUGCCAAGACGGCAAAGACAUACAGCUACCUGUUCUCCGAGCCGUCGCGGAUGCCCGUCUACCCCAGCUGGGUCGGGGCAGACCACGCCGACGACCUGCAGUACGUCUUUGGGAAACCCUUUGCUACUCCACUGGGCUACAAGUCUCGGCACCGGACCGUGUCCAAGGCCAUGAUCGCCUACUGGACAAACUUCGCCAGGACAGGUGACCCUAGCAAAGGGUUCUCAGACGUCCCCAUUGCUUGGGUGCCCUACGACAUUCAGGAUGGUUACUACCUGGAGAUCAAUGACAAAAUCAACAUUCAGUCCGUGAAACAAGGGCUGCGGUCACCUUACGUGGAUUUCUGGAACAAGGCCUACCGCAGCCUGCCAGAUGUCCCUGUGACCCUGGACCUGUAGCAGCACCAGUGCGGGAACAACCGCCUCCAUUUGUAGAAGAGCGGAAGGCAAGCUCUGAAUAAAUCGAUCUUAACUCUUC